GUUGCCCUCCCCUGAGAAUUUCUGCUUUGCUCCGCCAUCUUCUCUAUUUUCCGUAUCUUCUCCCUCCCGCUCACAGCAUAUAGAGGUAUACACACACAUAUAUGUGUAUAUGUAUCGUCGUCGUUUCUUCUUCAACAAUCGCGCCUAAACACAAUUUCUUCCAGGGUUCAAGUUCCGCUGCGAAGAGGACAUAGCCGACGAAAAGCUGUUGCCUCGGGGCUUAAGCAAAGGAAUUUAAGAGCUAUGGAAGAGGAGAGUGGUUCCAGUUCCUCGUCAACACCUAUUGUCCGACUUCGACAUCGAAAACGCUCAAAUGAGGUUAUUCCCGAAGAAGACAAAGCGGGUGAAAGCCGGUUGCUUGUUAAUGACCGCACCAAAUACAAAUCAUUCUUGGUCCGAACAUACUCUACUCUAUGGAUGAUCGGUGGUUUUGUUGUAAUUGUCUAUAUGGGCCAUCUCUAUAUCACAGCCAUGGUGGUUGUGAUCCAAAUAUAUAUGGCAAAAGAGCUGUUUAAUCUGCUUAGGAGAGCACAUGAGGAUAAAUGUCUCCCUUGGUUUAGGCUGUUGAAUUGGCACUUCUUUUUCACCGCAAUGCUCUUUGUAUACGGCCGCAUUCUUAGUCAACGACUAGCCAAUACUGUGACUGCAGACAAAUUUUUAUAUCGUUUAGUCAGUGGCUUAAUCAAAUACCACAUGGCUAUCUGUUACUUCUUGUAUAUUAUAGGUUUUAUGUGGUUCAUUCUGUCAUUAAAAAAGAAGAUGUACAAGUACCAAUUUGGCCAGUAUGCAUGGACCCACAUGAUUUUGAUCAUUGUGUUCACGCAAUCCGCAUUCACUGUGGCCAACAUCUUCGAAGGAAUUUUUUGGUUUCUUCUUCCGGCAUCUUUGAUUAUAAUCAAUGACAUCUUCGCUUAUAUUUUCGGUUUCUUCUUUGGAAGAACACCCUUAAUCAAGCUAUCCCCUAAGAAAACUUGGGAGGGAUUCAUCGGAGCCUCUGUUACAACUAUAAUCUCUGCAUUUCUGCUUGCGGAUAUUUUGGGCCGUUUCCCAUGGUUGACAUGUCCAAGGCAGGAUCUGUCCACUGGCUGGCUUCAUUGUGACCCUGGUCCACUCUUCAAGCCCGAGCCUUUCACUUUACCUGCAUGGAUUCCAGAGUGGUUUCCUUGGAAGGAGAUCAUGGUCCUCCCUGUUCAGUGGCAUGCUUUGUGCCUCGGUUUGUUUGCAUCGAUAAUAGCACCUUUCGGGGGAUUUUUCGCCAGUGGGUUCAAAAGAGCUUUCAAAAUUAAGGAUUUCGGAGAUAGUAUUCCUGGACAUGGUGGGAUUACAGAUAGAAUGGACUGCCAGAUGGUGAUGGCUGUGUUUGCAUACAUAUAUCUCCAGUCAUUCAUCGUCUCACAAAGCCUUUCGGUUGAUAAGAUCUUGGACCAGAUACUGACGAACCUUACAUUGGUGGAACAAGAAGCCCUGUUCACAAAACUGGGGCAGAUGUUGCAGGAUAGAGGAGCAACAAUUAUCGGCUUUUCGUAGUUAAACACUCAAGACAUCUUCCACACACAAUUCGAUCGAUAAUUUCGUGUUUCCGAUCAAGUUCUUCACAAUGUUUGGUAAGUUCUUGGGACUUGAAGGAACAGAUCUUUGUUGGGUUUGGUUUGGAUGUUUUUAGGGUUCAUAUACAUGAGAUUAAUUACAUGUAUCUCUUGAAUGGUGAUUGCAGUGAACUGUAUCAAAGUAAUCUUGGUGGUUUAUAUGUACAUGGCUGAUGAUUUACUGAGUUA